GACAAAUACGACUGGCAGCCAGCAGAAAGUAAAAUUUGGCACAUGGUCCAUUUUUCUCCGUAGUUCGCGAGUGUGGAAUUUCCUCAAGUGUAGUGAAUAGUUCCGACCGGAAAAGAUAGCGUUUCAUGUUCACCAAUAGCCCACGAGCACUUCCUACUAUUGCUACUUUGUAAAUACAAUUGUAUAUAUAGCGGAGAUGAGCACACAAACCCGUUCCGGAGGUGGUGGCGGUGGCCGCAACAAGUCCAAAGCCAACAAGGAGAACAAAGAGAAUGCUGGCACGGACGAGCAGCCGCAGCAGCAACAGUUGCAGCAGCAGAAGGCCAACGCCACAAACAACUCCAGCGGCGGCGAGAAACAGAAGAAGGGCUCAGACAACAGCGGUUCCAAGGGCGGUGACUCCAAGGACAAGCAGCACCAACAGACGACCACACAUACAAUCAAGACGAAGCAACCGACAGCCGAACAGAUUCGCAUUGCUCAAAUCACAGACAUCAAAAGUGGAAUGGACGAUCCUAAGAUACAGGAGAAGAUCCAGAAACUGAUGGAGACAACGCAACGUUCGGAGGAGGAGGUCUGCUGCGCUCUUCAGGAGUGUGACAAUGAUCUGGACCGUGCUGUGAUUUUCCUUCUUGAAACCCUUCCGGUCGGAGCAUUCGCCACGACCUCCAAAAAGAAGAAGAACAAAUCGCAGAACAAGGAGCAGAUUGACACUGCUGUUUCUGACGGCGAUUGGGACAACUGUGGUACUACUGGUUUGGGCGGAGGCGGAGGCGGUGGCUUGAGUGCAGACUCGAAAGAUCGUCGCGGCAAUCGAUCUGGUAACAAUCAGCGUUCCGGCGGCGGUCCUGGUAUAGGUCGUGGAGGUCGUGGCAGCUUCCGCGAUGGAGAUCGUGGCGGUGACCGGAGUGAUCGAGGUGAUCGUAAUGGUUUUGACCGUGGAGCUCGUGGACCGCGCGGUCGGGAUGGCCGUGACAGUGGUCCAGGCCGUGGCAGUUAUGGAGGAGGAUCUCGUGGUGGACGCGGUGGAGGUCCACGGGUUGGAACUCGCGGUCCAGGAACGCGAGAUUUAAACCGAGGACCUCGUCUGACCGACCAUCAGGAGAUCGACGCAUGGGAUCCAGUAUCGACGACCAGUACCACCAACGAUCUCAGCAAACCGGAGGAAUCGUCUGCAUUCGCUGACACUUGGGGAGACUGGGACAACGAGGAGUACACUGGAUCGCUGUCGGAUACCAAAGUUUUCACGCCGAGUACGCAAGUAACUGCAACAACGUCGCAAACGCAACAGCAGCAGCCUUCGGCUUCGUCAGCGCAAUCUCAACCGUCGUCGCAGCCGCAGCCACCGCAGUCGCAACCAACGGCGGCUCAGCCUGCAACGAUUUCAUCAUCGGUGACGAAUCCCACGGAACUGUCCGCCCCUCCAGGUUUGGAACAGCAAAUUCUGAACCCCCCGCAGCCGAAAGAGACUGAUCUGGUGCAGCAGUAUAGCACCACCGUCGUGUCGAGCACGGCCACCGCAGCAGCCGCUGCAAGUAAUACAGUUCAGUAUCCAGAUCUCCAUUCGGCGCCAACUGCCGCACAGCAACUGCGUCAAGCUCUCGAGAUUCCGCCGAUCAAUUCAGCGUCGCUCUCCGCGGAACAAACACAGUAUUUCAGCACACUAUCUUCUCAGAAUUCCAAUCUCCAAUCGAGUGUUGUCAACUCGUUCCAGCCGAGCUCUGUGCAAUAUCCGACUACGUACGGUGCAAGUGGAACCUAUAGCGAUCAGGUGACGUCGUCUCAGCAGGCACCGGCAGCUCGGCGGCAGCGGGCACGAGUUCCGCCACCGUCAAAAAUUCCAUCCAGUGCUGUCGAAAUGCCUGGCGAUAGCUUAAACAAUAUUGGCUAUCUUGAUGUGCAAUUCGGUGGUCUCGAUUUUGGCACUGAUGAGACUUUCGAUAACGUUUCGGUGACGGACAAGUUCAACGCGAACAGCCUGGAACAGAACACGCCUUCGACAGUGCAGCUUCCAUCUGCGGUUCAGUCGUCGCAGUCGGAGGUUAGCGACUACCAGAGUAAACCUAGUGUCGUUAGCAACCUGCAGCAGAAGUCCAAUCUCACAAGUAGCUUGCAAAGCACGCAGAUUAUCCCCGGGCAGAGUGAUUCACUCACGGCCACUCAGAACGACAGUCUGGCUAAUAGCUACUCACAGCGUAAUAGCUCCACCGUUGUUCCUUCCUCGGUUAGUUCCGGCGUUAAUGUGAAUUCCAUCAACAGUACCACGUCGACACUGGAACAACUGACCAAGACUGAUCCCUAUAGUCAGUCCACCGGGACGAAUGCUGGCUCCGGAGGAUAUCAAAACGUUUCGUACUCAACGUCGCAGGCGAAUAAAACUUCUUCGUAUCCAUCGUCGGCUGCGCCGCAAGGAUACAACAACUCAAGCUACUCUAGCACACAGGUGUCAACCAACACGUACCCUGCGUCGACAAACAACUAUAGUUCGUACAACCAGAGUGGUGUCAAUUCGUACCAACAGCCCAGCAGCAACGUCUCGAGCAGUGUGGUACCAAACAACUCUACCAGCUCGGUUGGCGUUUCUACGGUUAACCAAUCCAACCCGAACCUGCCUGUGAACAACAAUGUUAGCAAUAACAGUUCAAACACCAACUCUGGUUAUCUGUCCAGCCAGUACCCGGUCAGCCAGACGUCAUCGGCCUUCCCCUCGCAGCAGAGCUACCAGAACAGCUCGCAGAAUGUGUACGGAAACACCGGACUGAACAGCAACACUGGGUAUUCUGGCAGCACCAGCACCUCCUCCGGACAGUAUAGUAACUUUAGCAGUUCCAAGCUAAAGGACACUCCCGUUUCUACGCAGUUCGACAGUUUUCAUUCCAGUGUUUCGUCCAGUACGGUGGCCAACAACAACAGUGCGAACAACAACAGUGUGUCGAGUUCAUCGUCCUCGCUGCCCAAUAGCUCCGUGGUAUCCACGACAAGUAUGAGUUCACCAUCGCUUGGUUUAACGAAUACUAAAGAGACCAAUUCCACAGCUAAAAGCAGCAGUAGCAGCGGAACCGGCGUGGUGCCCAACAUACCGAUGGUCAGCCCGUUCAUCCAGCCCGGAGUGCCGUACUACCAGCAGCCACUUUACUCGUACGAGGACCUGCAAAUGCUUCAACAGCGUAUGUCACAUGUGCCUGGAUACUACGAUAUGAACUACCAGACGCCGACGAGUCUCGGUGCGGCCGGUGUGCGCGACGCUAACCUCGGUUCCGUCGCGUACUCAACCAUGUCCGAUGGUCGGUUCACACGUACCGACAACAACUCGUCUCCUGUUAGUAAUGUUCCAAGUACCAUGUCACAACAAACAGGGUCUGGUGGUCCUAUGUUGAACCUGCCAUACGCUUAUUUUUACGGCGGCAAUGUGAUGCCCGGCGGCUUCCAAUAUGGCACCCCAGCAGUUUAUCCUCCUCAACCAAUGGCGACGAAUGCGACGUCUGGAGGGCAGUUCCAAAAGCCGGCAUACAACAGUGGUUAUGGAACUAGUGGCUACGAUGCGCUGAGUCAGACGGGGCAGGAUUACAACAAGAAUCCGUACCCAUCGUCCGGCGUUGGACAGCAGUCCAAGGGACAGACUGUGUCGAACCAACAGUCGGCAGGAGGAAGCGGUUCGGACAUUGCGCCUUCAAUGUAUGGCAAAAGCCAUGUCGCGCUAAAUAAAGUCAAUUCGUACGAGAAACAAUCGUUUCACUCUGGCACUCCGCCACCUUACAACAUAGCCGGAACACAGACUGCUGGUGCGACGUCCGGUCAGCCCUACGGACAGCAUCUCUAUAUUCCGCAGAUUCCGACGCACCACAACAUCAAUAUGCAUCAAGCGAUGCAUCAGAUGGACAAUAGAACUUAUAAUAGUGGUAGUGGUGUGAUGAGGGAUUCCAACAGCAGUGGUCAAAGACCACAAUCGAACAGCCAGGGCAAGACUGCAACUAAGCAAGGCUAUUCACCGUCUACUUAUUGGACUGGGCAGAACUAAAAUACAUGUCUACAUUUAAACAUAAUACUAUAAAGCUCGUGUAAUGUAAUUGAAGCGAUUUGUAGUAAGCUAAAAACAAAAAUCCGGACGCAGAAUAAAAACAAUAGCAGGUACAUUCGAACAUUCAUUCAUAUAGAUCUAUCACACACACACAUACAUAGACGUUUGGAAGACGUUUUUUCAAGGCUGCCCAAUAAGGAGACAGAGAUGCAAGAAGAAUCCGUACGUGGGGAAUGCUCUCGGUGAGUUGAGGGAUUGGAUUUCGAAACAGAGAGAGGAAAAGAGAAGAUGGAGUAUUUCAGGAAAAUAAGCGAAAAAAGAUCUACUUGAAGACCUUAGCACAAUUGGAGCGAUAGUGACCUAGUGGCGGCAAACGCGACAAUCAGCUGCCGGUUCAAUUGAGCUCAAGCCUUAUAAGAGUCAAAGCUGAAGUCGAAUGAGUUAAAAGUAAAAGCAAACACUUAAACCGUAUUGAAAAAAAAUCAUUGAAUGAAUUUAAUAAAAAAAAAAUACACGUUUACACACACACACCCAUUCGUAAAGUCAACCAGGUCAAGAUAUUUCAAUGAAAAGGUAUAUUCACAUACUGCGAACAGCUGCAAGUAUUUUCGAUUUUCGUUGUAUUUUUUAUUGAAUGAAGAAGUCUUCUUUUAAAUCUUGUUUAAUUUAUCCUGAUCGAUCACUCGUAAAAAUUUAAGACAAAUUGAAACAAUAGAAUACAAGUGCAAGCAAGUGGAAAUAGUAUACAAAAACAACGCGUGCACGAUGGCAAACAGACAAACAUAAAACAUAAAUUAAUAAACAUGUUCUGUAAUAAUUUAAUUUAAAUGUAGAAACGAAAUUUCUAAUAUACCUGUAAACAUUUUA